AUGGCUUCUAUUCUCGCUUUUACUCGUGUUGCUGCUUGCCAUGUGGCACCCCGCUUUCUUUCAGCCCAAAAGUCAACUGACAAGGCAAUAUCUAUCAUUUACCAAGCGGCCGGGAAUGGGGCAAAUGUGAUCGUUUUUCCAGAGUCCUACAUCUCAGCAUUCCCUCUCUGGAGUGCGUUGCGUCCGCCAACAGAAAACCAUGACCUUUUCAAAAGAAUUGUUCAGGAAUCUGUGUACGCAGAUGGUCCAGAGAUUCAGGCCCUUCGAGAUGUGGCACGCGAAACCAACACGGUCAUCAGUAUGGGUAUUUCCGAAAAGGCUCAUGCAAGUACAGCAUGUCUGUACAACUCAAAUGUACUUAUCAACGUUGACGGCGAAGUCGUCGUCCACCACCGGAAGCUGAUGCCGACCUUCUUUGAGAAAUUGACCUGGAGUCCGGGCGAUGGCUACGGGCUGCGUGUGGCCGAUACUCCAUAUGGCCGUAUCGGAGGUCUUAUUUGUGGCGAAAAUACAAACCCACUAGCCCGAUACUCUUUGAUGGCCCAGAAAGAACAAAUUCACAUCUCAUCCUGGCCAUCUAUUUGGCCGACCAAGGUUCCCGCCAGCAUUUCUGAGCCAACCAACGAGCAGUCCGGCCAAGGUUCUCGCAACUACGACAAUGUUCUCGCCAAUCGUUUGCGAGCCGCUGCUCAUUGCUUCGAAGCCAAGUCCUUUGGCGUCAUGUGCAGUAGCCUCCUUGAUCUGGAGGCCAUAGACGCUAUAGUGGAAGGUUCUGGUUCACCUGAGAUAGUACGACGUGCUCUGCAAGAUUCUUCUCAAGGGAUCAGCAUGUUUUUAGAUCCAACGGGCGCCCCGGUUCCUGCGUUUACAGUGGACGAAACAACCAAAGUUCAACAACCAGUUGAAUUUUUGCAGAAUGAGGAAAAUAUUAUCUACGCCGAUAUGAACCUCGAUUAUUGCAUUGAAGGGAAGCAGUACCAUGAUGUCGUUGGUGGAUAUCAAAGACUCGAUGUUUUCCAGUUGCAGGUCAAUCGCUCUCGGAAGGACCCGGUCAUUUUCACGAAGUCUAGUUUUCCAGAGUGA